AUGGAUCCAUGGGGUUGCCUGUUGCUUGUUGCUUGUUGCUUGACCUCUCGGUUACAAUCCUGGUCAAAGAAGUACACCUCCUCAGUGGGGGAGGGGGACACCGGUAAAGGGAACAAGACGCGGCUGCUGCAAGUCCCGCUGCUGGAGCAAGACAAAGAGGAGGAGUCGAUCGCUUCUCAGAGUGCUCCCUUCCGAGGUCUUCUGUCUUUGAUCUGUCUGAUUGCUAUCAUUUCCCGAGCCGCCUCUUCUUCUCGUUCAAGUCGCAACGACCAACACCAGGCAGGAUCCUGGGACGGAGCCGUUGACAAAGUCGAGAAGCACGCGUUUGGCUGCAGCGUCGAUGCUGAUACCCGUCGCUGUUUGGGAUCAUCAACGUCGCUGUUUGCUCCCGAGAGGAGCGAGGUGCGGCUGAGCACCAACCGCGCCCUAGCUGGCACGAAACGGAGUCGUCGGGGCAGUUCGUCUGGGUCGUUCGUCUGGGUCGUCUGGGUCGCCUGGUUCGCAAAAGAAACAACAGUCGUUUUUCCACUUCGCCAAACGAACCCCAAGACCGAGUCGAACCCGAAAAUUUUCUCCAAUUCUACCCGUAUGACGCCAUGCUGGGCCAACAGUUCAAAGGGGGCGUCUUGUGUAACCUCUUCAACCACUCACUCUCAUCCCUCAGCACCACCAACCCGGAAAUGCUUCAAUGCCUCCCCGUCCACACCGGUCAGCUUCUUUGUUAUUCAUGCCGGUGCGAUGCCAAAGAUCAAUGUUGCGGCAGGCAAGCGGGACGCAAGCUCCGCUGCGCCUUCGGUGCGGUCGGUCAGGGGUCGGAAGUGCCCGAGCCAAGUCUUUGCGCUCCGGGUUGGCCGGUCCGGCGCAUCCUCACGCCUACCGAUAAUAAGGGCAUCGUCAACCCCCAGCAACUUGGCUCUUUUGGGAAAUACGGUCAAGGGCCGCCCUGCAUAUAUUUGCAUCGUGGGGGUCACCGCUUCCUUGUAUAACGGAAGCCGGAAUCGAAUUUCAUGGGCAUCAUGUCAAACGGUUCUCGAGACGCUAGUUGGCCGAGACAUUUUCUGCGCGCCUAUGCAACAGUGUUGUCACUGUCGACAAGUAGUUUCUGCAGAUCCAGCCGGACGUGGUCCAGAACUUGGCCCUGGCACAUCUUGCGUAGGGCGGGGUGUCGUCCGUACUAAUUUCGAGUCUUUAGUAUGGCUCAAGCAGUCUGUGAACCGAUUAGCUCGCCAGGCUGCAGAGCCUUGGGCAGACUAUUUGUCAUGCCGUUGA